AUGGAUUUCGGAUUUUUUUUUUUUUUUUUGGAGGGGUGGGGGGGAUUUUGGGGAAUUUUUGGCUUCCCUGACCCCAUCACCCCACAGAUCACCCAAUUUAAAAUCCCCCAAAAUUAACUUGGAGCUGCUUAACCCCACAGUUACCCGCGGGUAGCCCAGAGCUGACUCUGGGGCUGGAUUUAGGUGCAGAUGAUCCAAUUUCUGUUCCGAUUUAAAAUCCCAAAGAUGAAUUUCGGGUUCGUUAACCCCUCAGGUGCCAUGGAGGUGACGGUGGGGACGGCGGCGCUGGCGCUGGCGCUGCUGCUGCUGCUGCCCCUGCUCUACGAGCGCUGCGGCUCCUAGUUCUUCUGCAAAAUGGGAUUUUACAACGGCUGGAUCCUGCUGCUGGCCCUGGUGGCCAUCCCCCUGUGCGCCCUCAGGGGCAGGGACGUGGAGAACAUGAAGAUCAUCCGGGGGCUGAUGCAGCACGUCAAGAGGCUCUAUGGGAUCCGCAUGGUGGUCAGGGGGGCGCAGAACUUCCCCCCACGGCAACCCUACGUGGUGGUCAGCAACCACCAGAGCUCGCUGGACCUGCUGGGGAUGAUGGAGGUGCUCCCCGACCGCUGCGUCCCCAUUGCCAAACGGGAGCUGCUCUAUAUGGGCGCCGUGGGCGUCGUGUGCUGGCUCGGGGGAAUCAUCUUCAUCGACCGCAAACGAACCCACGACGCCAUCAGCGUCAUGGCCGAGGCUGCGCACACCAUGCUGAGCCAGGACGUGCGGGUGUGGGUGUUCCCCGAGGGCACGCGGAACCACAGCGGCUCCAUGCUGCCCUUCAAACGCGGAGCCUUCCACCUGGCAGUGCAGGCCCAGGUCCCCGUUGUCCCCAUCGUCAUCUCGUCCUACCAGCACUUCUACAGCAAACGGGAGCGCAGGUUCACGGCUGGGCAGUGCCUGAUCCAGGUUCUGCCGCCGCUGCCCACGCUGGGCCUGGGUCCGGCCGACGUUCCCGCGCUGACCGAGCGCGUCCGAGCCGCCAUGCUGGACGCCUUCGAGGGGCUGUCGGCCGAGCUGCAGAGUGACCCCAAGAACAGCCAGAGUGACCCCAAGAACGGCCAGAGUGACCCCAAGAACACCCAGAGUGACCGCAGUGACCACCAGGAUGCCCAGAGUGACCGCAGUGACCCCAAGAAUGGCCAGAGUGAUCAGAAUGACCACAAGAACACCCAGAGUGACCACAGUGACCACCAGAGUGACCACCAGGACACCCAGAGUGACCGGAGUGACCACCAGGACGCCCAGAGUGACCGGAGUGACCACCAGGACACCCAGAGUGACCGGAGUGACCACCAGGAUGCCCAGAGUGACCGCAGUGACCACCAGAGUGACCACCAGGAUGCCCAGAGUGACCGCAGUGACCACCAGAGUGACCACCAGGAUGCCCAGAGUGACCGGAGUGACCACCAGGACGCCCAGAGUGACCGCAGUGACCACCAGGACACCCAGAGUGACCCCAAGAAUGGCCAGAGUGAUCAGAAUGACCACAAGAACACCCAGAGUGACCGGAGUGACCACCAGGACGCCCAGAGUGACCCCAAGAACGGCCAGAGUGACCGGAGUGGCCACCAGGAUGCCCAGAGUGACCGGAGUGACCACCAGGACGCCCAGAGUGACCACUGGAGUGACCCCCAGAGCUCCACAGAUUUCUGGCGUGACCCCCAACGUCUGACAGUGACCAAGAGUGACCCCACGGUGCCCCACGGGGUGACCCCACAGUGACCCCCAAGUGGCCCCAUGGAGGAGCCGGCAGUGGGGCAGGGACUGACCCCAGUGACCCCCCCAAAGUGAGGACAAACUGACCCCAAGGUGGGGACAAAGUGACCCCAAAAUGGGGGCGAACUGACCCCCGAGUGGGGCCCGGACUGACCCCCAAGUGAGGACAAAGUGACCCCCAAGUUGGGCCUGGAGUGACCCCUAGAGUGGGGCAGGGACUGACCCCAAAUGGGGCCUGGAGUGAGCCCCGAGUUGGACACGGUUUGACCCCCAAGUGGGGCCUGGACUGACCCCCAAGCUGGGGCUGAAGUGACCCCCAAGUGGGGCAGGGACUGACCCCGAGUGGGGCCUGACCCACGGCUGGGGCGUGGCCGGGGCGUGGCCGAUGCUGAUUGGCUGCUGCAGCCAAGCCCCGCCCCCCCCCCCCCCCAGGCCGUGUAUUUAUUUUGGGGGGUGGGGGAGGGGGGGGGAACGCGGAUUUUGCCAAAUUUCCCUCCCGGCCCUACCCGGGACCCCCCAGAUUUUAAUAAAAAAAUCCCCCAAAAAUCCU